AUGGAAGACCAAGAGCCGCUGAUGGAAGACCAGGAGUCGCUGAUUGAGAGACCGCCGGAGGUGAAUUUCCAACGCCGUGGCUUCAUGACCGUCCUCCUAGCCCUGGUUGCGGGUGCCUCCUUGGCACUUUGCUCUAUCGCUUCGGAGCCGAAGCUCCGUCAACAAGCUGGGGACUUGCCAAGUGAAAUUGUUGUAAAAGCCGAAGGCGGUGGCAUCGAGACAGAAGCGACUGGCAGUGGAAAUCAAGCUCGGCAUGAUGUGAAUGCACAAAAGCAGACCAUUAUUCAAACGAUUUACCAGGUGGCCCCAAAGAACGCCCCGCAAAUCUCAGAGUGCACAGUGGUGAAAGCAACCCAUGACAAGAUCACCUUCCACGGCAGUGGCGAUGAGGGGACUUUCAUCAGCUACAGCGUCCCGAAGAACUUCGAGGGCAAGUUUUACAUCAAGCACAAGCCUGUGACCAACGUCAAGGACUUGCCCAAAUGUCUUGCCAAGCUGUGGCUGCGAGAUCCAGGUUUAGGAGGUGAUGUGAGUGAUCUGCCGAAGGCUCUGACAAACCUCAGUUUGCCAGGGCAACCAUCUGAGAACUUGCCGUAUUGGAUGCAGCAGAAGGAGCUCCAGGGAGAUGUCCGUGACUUGCCGCCUCUGCUGCGAUACCUGGACCUCGAACACACGUCACAGCCGAUCACCGGCAACGUCCGUGACCUGCCGCGAGGCCUCGUCCAUUUGCAUCUGCCCUACGCGUCGCACUUCACAGGGUGGCUGGGCGGCCUCCCAAGGAACCUCCGCUACGCCAACCUUACCAUACCAGCCGUCCAAGGCGACACCCAGCAGCUACCCAGGAGCCUGACUGUUGCGAACUUUUUCUUCGCCACCAGCAUCCAUGGCGAUGUGAAGUAUCUUCCCAGAGGCCUUACGUGGGCAGGCUUUGACCAAGCCAAUAUCACAGGCCUCGUCGACGGCCUCCCAAGGAACCUCCGCUACGUCGCCCUCGGCGCCGAAGUCUUCGGACUGGCAUCCAUGGCGACGUGA